CUGAGAUCCGGACUUUUCAGUAACGAGGAGUUCUGACAGCAAAUCCACAGACCGACCGCAAAGCACUCAUAAGGCGAUCGCCUCAAUUCACCCGCAACACCACCGCGAUCUCUGAGUUCACGGCCUGAACCCACUGCAACGAAUCCACUCCUGCUUGGCGUCGAAGCACACCCCUGUCACCAACCCACCGCCUCCUUCCCCGCCAAAAGCCGAAGGCCAAAGCCCUUCCCACCAGUAACCACACAUGACGACUUACCUCUCCUCCUGGCUCCCAUGGGGCGGCAGCGCACCUCCGCCCAUGCCUUCACCAGCAGCAGCAUCCCCUCCGCCGCCAUCGCCUCCUCCGUCCGUACCACCGCAAGAUGCACCAUCCUCCUCCGCUGCUGCCCCGCCAAUGAGCGAAACAGAGCGCUUCCUCCGACAACUGUCGCUCCCCGCUCUCGGCGGAGCCUUCCUUCUGAUCUCAUUGCGACUUACGCGGCGCUCCACGGUCCGGAGGAGACUGGCCAUGAUCCCGCCGUACUACCAUCCCAACAAUGUGGCGCCCAUCAAUCCGCCCAAUGGGGCGCUCGAUGCGGUGGAGGCACUGCAGCUGGCAACCCUAAAUGUGUUCUCUGUUGCGAUGCUGCUGGUUGGUGGGGGUGCGUUUGCCAUGAACGUUAGCACGCUGGAUGAGUUGAGGGCGAAAUUCAAGACCACUGAUAUGGGAGAGGAGUGGGAGAAACAGCAGAAGGCUGCUGAGGAAGAGUUUGAGGAGUGGAUUGUCAGUGUGCUUGCGAGGAAAGAUUUGAAGGAGAAGGUUAAAAAAGAGGUGGAGAAGGAAUUGGCGAAGAAAUGAUGGGAUAUCAGGGAAGGAUCGUGGAUGGUGAUGGAUAUCCAGGUCAGAAUCUGAGAUCUAGACGAAUUCGCACAGGCAAGAUUAGAAGUGUAUGAUACCGACUGUGGGA